AUGGCCCCGAAACUCCCCAACUUGUCUGCACUGCCAGGCAGAACGCGUGCAGAGACACAGCCCAACCAACAACAGAGCCAGGACCAGAUCGAGGGCAUUCCUCAACCGUUCGAAUCGGAUUUUUUCACCAACACUCUCCUUGACGAGAGCAAAUCGCAUGAAGCGGGCAAAGAGGCCUCUUCUUACCAAGCCCAGCCGGCGAGGAACUUCUCCUCAUCGGCACGCUAUGGCCUCCUCUCUGGGUUCGAUCCAAGCUAUUAUCGCGAUUGGCUUUUCGAGAUUCUCUCCUGCGUGGCUAGCUUCGUUGUCCUGAUUGCCAUUAUCGUCCUUCUCGAACGAUACGACCAACAGCCCGUUCCGGCAUGGCGUCAAGGCAUCACGCUGAACACUCUUCUGGCCCUUUUGGCCACUCUGUGCAAGGCAGCUUUUGCCUAUCCGGUCCUCCAGGGCAUCUCCCAGUUGAAGUGGAAUUGGUUUACGAAGCGGCGACCGUUGAUCCAUUUCGAGGCUUUUGACGAGGCCAGCAGAGGUGCUGUUGGAAGUAUUAGGUUGCUGGUGGCAACCAGGGGACAGAUCUCUUCUGUUGUUGUUGCUGCUAUCUUGAUAAGUGCUAUCAUAACAUCGACCAUCACCCAGGCUGCUGUCACCACCUCAACCCGUUAUGCCCCCGGAGAUGGUACAGCUACGGUACGACCAAAUGCUGACCCUUCUCUUUUUAAAAUACAAGCCUCCGAAGGUGGGAUUUGGAACAAAACGGUCCCAGAGUUUAUGGAGUCGAUAUGGACUCCCCUGAACGAGACAUACCCACGUCUUGCACCGACCUGCACUACUGGGAACUGCCAAUUCCCGCCAUUUUCCUCCCUUGCAGUUUGUGUCGCGAUGAACGAUGUCACCGACCAGCUCAAUUUAACCAGUCUAGGGCUUUAUCCGAACAGCAGCUUUCAAAUGACCAAAGCAACCCUCCCAAAUGGCCUUUUCCUGGAAAUGGGAUACAGCGAAUGGGGGACAUUGAACAUAUCAGUACCAACCAAUUAUGAAUCGUUUACUGAUGCGCCAAAUGCGACCCUGUCUUUUGGGAACCGGCCCGACCUGUUACGUGCAGGACUCGUCGACGUGGCCGUCAUCUACGGCAACGAAAGCUGGAUAACAGACAUGCACAUGUACCGAGCCGUCGAGGUUCUCUUCCACCUCUGCGUUGAAUCAUACGAGGUGCAAACCGUGAAUGGGACGGCGUCUACGACUCGAACAGCGGUUUUAACAGACGUAGUCACCGAUAUGCAACCACCCGAUCCGCUUCUCACUAACAGCAGUAAUUCUGAUGACGGCGUUAUCGUUUUGGCGGGCCCGAAGCAGGACCGCCAAAAUUACACAGCCGGCUUGAACCUUCUACUUGGCAUAUCAAUGCCGCUGGUUGAUCUCCUCCCGGGCACCUAUCGCGGAGCUGAGAUAUUAUCAGUGGCCACGCCUUUCAGUCUCGCUCUUGGAUGGGCUGUCUACCAUGAAGGACCAUUCACGUCCGGAAACUCGACUUCUUAUGGCGGAGACGAAGAGAUGCGUCAAACAAUCUUGAAUAUAAUGCAGAAUAUUGCUAUAGGUGUAACAAAUGUACUCCGUUCCUGGGGCGGCUCUCCUCAAACAGGCACUCCCUAUCAACUCGAAACCUACGUCAUCAUUCGAUGGGGGUAUCUAGCCUUCCUCGCCGCCCAGGUCGUCCUAUCGGCACUGUUCCUUCUCUGGGUCAUGAUCCAGUCCCGGAGACUCAAGACGGAGGUGAUGAAGAACUCUGUGCUCGCGACCCUUUUCGCCAUCAGUUCGGAGGACAAGGCCCUUCUGGAGGCGGAGGGGGAGGGGGAGCCAAGUAUCAUUCAUCAAGAUGGAAACAGCAAUAACGACAUGAGUACAAUGGCCAAACGAUCAACUGUGAAACUGAUCAAGGGCGAAAGAGGAUGGAGGCUGGGAUUGGUUGGGCGUGAUGAUGAUGACGGUGACGGUGAUGACAAUCGGGUGGUAUAA